ACUUCACAAGGUGAUCACAAUAAGCAGAAAGAGAGAGAGAGGGAAAGGGGAAGAAGAGAGAAGGAAAUGGUGGCGAUAUCACUGUACAAAGGCAACCUCCACAAGGUGACCGGCGUGACUCACCGAUGGCCCAGCCCCGCCCCCAAAAUUUCACUCAAAGAAUUCAAAAUCCUCCUCCUCCGCCGAGCUAGAGCCCUUUCCCGCGUAGCAACAGUUUCGAACCCUAACCCUUCGCCUGCCCCCGCCCAAAAUUCCAACCACAGCUGUGGCAAUUUUGGUCCGAACCCCGUGCGUAAUACAGCGACUGGAAUUGGUGAUGGUAAUCAUGUUGAUAAACUCUGCUCGAAUUCUGACUUGAUUGUAAAGGAGCACUUCAUGAAGGGAGAAGGGGAGAAGGAGGUGGAUGAGAUUUCGAUAGAUGGAGGAGGAAAAGGGUGUUUGCGAAAAUUGGUGGAGAGGGAUAAUGUUUUGGCUUUGAAGGAGGAUGCGGAGACUGUCAUGAACGACGGUGCACCAGAGGUUCCGCUGAAUAAGGCGGUCGAGAAAGUCAACAUGGAAAAUGCUGCAAUUGAUGUGGAUAAAAGAACCAAGGAGGUUAAGGAGAAGUUGGAAGUUCUGAAUGAGAAAAAGCAUAGUCUAGUACAAGUACUUAAACAGAUUCUGAGUGCAGAAGAGCACUUAAAGCGCCAGAAUUGUGCGCAAGGAAUGCCAAGCCGCCCUCCUCUUCCACUACAAGUUGAUAACACAACUGAUUCAGGUUCAAUGAUUAAGGUCAAUACCCCCAGGAUUGGAAAAGACGUAAAUCAUUGUGGUGAAUUGGAGGGAGGAGAAGCUGAUGGUGUUUCAAACCAUAAUGUGCAUUCUCGUCAUUUAGUUCGUACAAGCAGUAGUUCACCAUGUUCUGACUCCCAACAGCGGAAGCCCGUAUCAAACACGGUACCCCAUUCUUACAGGACUACACUAGUAGUUGCAGGCAGUCCGUCCCGGUUCACACCUGCUGCGCAAGGACCUCCAUCAGUUUCUCUUUCAGGAGCAAGUUAUAUAGCCUCAUCUCCAUCUCCUGCAGCAUCUGGAGGCACUUCAGUUUUUCGGGAUGGCAGGCUCCCUAGUCCAUGGAACUAAAAGUGUAGCAGCUCACACAUUGCACAUCGCUACUAAGCUGACUGGCAUUAUCCAAAAGCUCUUAAUACAUAGUAGUUAAAUAGAAAGCAGAGAUAUCCAUUAUGAAGCAUAAUCUGUCCUUGCAUGAUUUGCCUGUACAAUUAGGAGUAUUGGAAUGAGUUUAUCAUGUGAAAUCAACCCAAUCUUGGAAAUUUUUUCUGUGUGUCAAUCUGUUGUACCAUUAAUCAACUGAGUUGGCAUUCACAUAUAAUUGGUAUAUAACCCUUUUGCUUA